AUGAGGUUUCUAAUCUCACUUUGUGUUUCACUGCUUCUGUUGGUUAAUGGUGAAAUAGUCAAUGGACAAACAUCAGAACCUACAACUUCUAGCUCUGAUCCCUGCUAUGAUUAUAACACUCUUGAUGAAUACUGGAGAGACAUACGACAAAACGCGUAUCAGUACUCUGGACAUGAUGACACCCUUGUUGAAUGGAGUGGCUGGUAUCGGCUGUCUUUGAACGGAGAAAGUGCUCAGAUGUCUGAGUGGUGUGUGAGUAAUAUGAGAUGUGGUGGUUACACUGGACUGUAUCUCAACGGCUCUCAUCCAACACUUGAGGAUGGAGUGGUGACCCGUGAGGUUUUGGGAAAUUAUAUAUGGUCUCACCAGUGUGACAACUACACAUCCACAUCCAUCCAAGUCAAAACCUGUCCAGGAGAUUAUUACGUCUAUGAAUUUGUCAAACCCAACAUAUCAGCCCCCAUGCCUACAUACUGUUCAGUUGCUUUCAGCAGCAUCAGCAGUGAUCCCUGCUACAACUAUGAGUCUCUGGAUCGUCCCUGGAGAGCCAACAAUGAAAGUGGAAAUUACGUUUGUGAUGAACGUUUCUCCUGGAAUGGCUGGUACCGGCUUUUCUACUAUGGAAUGAACAUCCAGAUGUCAGAGACCUGUGUUAGUUCAUACAGCUGUAACACAUACUAUACUCUGUGGCUCAAUGGUCCUCACCCUCAGAUAGAGGAUGGAGUGGUGACCAGAGAGGUCUGUGGUAAUUAUUAUUCAGAUGACUGCUGUGAUUACAAGACAAACCCCAUCAGAGUGAAAGCGUGUCCAGGAAAUUACUAUGUCUAUGAACUUGUGAAACCACAAACCUGGUGUUCAGGAUACUGCACAGAUGUCAGCACCAUUUCACGGUCGAUUUCCACUGUAAGUCCAGAUAUAAUUACUGGAUCCAGCAUUACCUUGAGUAAGACAGAUUAUGACCCCUGCAAUAACUACAACAUACUUGACAACUACUGGAGAAGCACACUCAAUUACUGGUCCAUGUAUGGAUACAUCUCUGAUCAUGAUGACACUCGUGUAGAAUGGGAUGGCUGGUAUCGGCUCUUCAUUAAUGGAUCAAGUGCUCAGAUGCCUGAGUGGUGUAUGACUUACAUGUCAUGUGGAGGUUUUAGUUCUCUGUAUCUUGGCGGCUCUCAUCCUCAGCUAGAAGAUGGAGUUGUUAAUCGUGAAAUUUUUGGUUCUCGUGAUUAUCAGUGCAGUCGCUACAGAUCUGAACCAAUCCAAGUUAAAGCUUGUUCUGGAAAUUAUUACGUCUACAAAUUUACCAGACCAACUCUUUCAAUCCCAGCUCCUGUAUAUUGUGCAGUACCUUUCUCCACUCUAAGCAUCGAUCCCUGCUAUAACUACACCAGUCUGGAUGAGCCUUGGAGAGCCACAGACAAUCCUUAUUAUAGUAACUAUUACUACUAUGGCAUGUGUGACUAUAAUGUGGAGUGGAAUGGCUGGUACAGGCUGUUCUACAAUGGUCAAAAUACUCAGAUGCCAGAAUCAUGUGUUAAUUAUGGCAUGUGUGGCACUUAUAAUCCGUUGUCACUCAACGACACUCACCCACAGCUGGAAGAUGGAGUUGUCACCCGUGUCCCAAUUCAAAUGACGACACAGUGGAGCUUGAGUGACUGCUGUACUUACACAUCCCACCCUAUAAGAGUCAAAGCCUGUCCCGGAAAUUACUAUGUUUACGAGUUUGUCAAGCCUAUGAGUUGUGGAGCUUACUGUACAGUUGCUUUCAGCAGCAUCAGCAGUGAUCCCUGCUACAACUAUGAGUCUCUGGAUCGUCCCUGGAGAGCCAACAAUGAAAGUGGAAAUUACGUUUGUGAUGAAUCUUUCUCCUGGAAUGGCUGGUACCGGCUUUUCUACUAUGGAAUGAACAUCCAGAUGUCAGAGACCUGUGUUAGUACAUACAGCUGUAACACAUACUAUACUCUGUGGCUCAAUGGUCCUCACCCUCAGAUAGAGGAUGGAGUGGUGACCAGAGAGGUCUGUGGUAAUUAUUAUUAUUCGGAUGACUGCUGUUAUUACAAGACAAACCCCAUCAGAGUGAAAGCAUGUCCAGGAAAAUACUAUGUCUAUGAACUUGUGAAACCACAAACCUGGUGUUCAGGAUACUGCACAGACUUGCGCACAGAAAGCCGCCUCUCAUACUGCGUCAGAUUUGCUAAUUUAAAUAUAACUGGUCUGUUUUGGUCUCUCACUAACACAGAUUAUGACCCGUGCAAUAACUACAACAUACUCGACAACCACCGGAGAAGCACACUCAAUUUCGGGUUUUGGAAUAGCUAUGCAAAUGAACUUGAUGACACUCGUGUAGAAUGGGAUGGCUGGUAUCGGCUCUUCAUUGAUGGAUCAAGUGCUCAGAUGCCUGAGUGGUGUAUGUCUUACAUGUCAUGUGGAGGUUUUAGUGCUCUGUAUCUUGGUGGCUCUCAUCCUCAACUAGAAGAUGGAGUUGUUACUCGUCAAAUUUACGGCUCUGGCCAUGAUAUGUGCAGUCGCUACAGAUCUGAACCAAUCCAAGUUAAAUCUUGUCCUGGAAAUUAUUACGUCUACAAAUUUACCAGACCAACUCUUUCAAUCCCAGCUCUUGUGUAUUGUGCAGUAUUGUUAACCACUCCAAGUGUUGACCCCUGCUACAACUAUACCAGUCUGGAUGAGCCUUGGAGAGCCACUGGCAACUAUAAUAACAAUUACUACUAUGGCAUGUGUGAUUAUAAUGUGGAGUGGAAUGGCUGGUACAGGCUGUUCUACAAUGGUCAAAAUGCCCAGAUGACAGAAUCAUGUGUUAAUUAUGGCAUGUGUGGCACUUUUAACCCACUGUUACUCACCGGCCCUCAUCCACAGCUGGAAGAUGGAGUUGUCACCCGUCGGGUCUGUUCCACAGUGAAUGACUGCUGUACUUACACAUCCCACCCUAUAAGAGUCAAAGCCUGUCCUGGAAAUUACUAUGUUUAUGAGUUUGUCAAACCAUUUGUUUGUGGAGCUUAUUGUGUAGUACCAGAAGCCUCAAGCCAGUCCAUCCAAUUAGUUUCUACAACAGUGAGAAUUCCACCGAUAGUGUCCAUUACUUCACCAAUCACAACCACUGCUCCCCCUGUUGACCCCUGCUACAACUACAAUGUCCUGGAAGAUCUAUGGAGAGCCACCAACAGUCAACAUUCCUCUCAAAUAAUGUGUGACUCUUGGGUCAGCUGGAACGGCUGGUACCGUCUCUUCACUCAGGGUCAGAGUGUUCAGAUGCCAGACACAUGUGUUGAUAAGUUGAGUUUUGGCACUCAUGCUCCACUGUGGCUGAACGGAGGACAUCCAACAGUUGAGGAUGGAAUGGUCACUCGAGAUGUCUGCGGUCACUGGAGCAAUAACUGCUGCUAUUUCCAAUCCAAUCCCAUUAAAGUCAAAGCCUGUCCAGGAGGGUAUUAUGUCUAUGAGUUUUUUAGGUUUUCAAUGGGGUUCAGGUCUGGAGAUUGGGCUGGCCAUAACAGGGUCUUGAUCUGGUGGUCCUCCAUCCACACUUUGAUUGACCUGGCUGUGUGGCAUGGAGCAUUGUCCUGCUGGAAAAACCAAUCCUCAGAGUUGGAGAACAUUGUCAGAACAGAAGGAAAAUCUACAACUUCCAGCUCUGAUCCCUGCUAUGAUUAUUUCUUUCUUGAUGAAUACUGGAGAGACAUACGACAAAACGCGUAUCAGUACUCUGGACAUGAUGACACCCUUGUUGAAUGGAGUGGCUGGUAUCGGCUGUAUUUGAAUGGAGAAAGUGCUCAGAUGUCUGAGUGGUGUGUGAGUAAUAUGAGAUGUGGUGGUGAAACUGGACUGUAUCUCGCCGGUUCUCAUCCAACACUUGAGGAUGGAGUGGUGGCCCGUGAAGUUUUGGGAAGUUCUCUAUUGUCUAACCAGUUUGACAACUACACAUCCACAUCCAUCCAAGUCAAAGCCUGUCCAGGAGAUUAUUACAUCUAUAAACUCGUCAAGCCAGAUCUGUCGAUUAACAGGCCUUCAUAUCGUGCAGUUGCUUUCAGCAGCAUCAGCAGUGAUCCCAGCUACAACUAUGAGUCUCUGGAUCGUCCCUGGAGAGCCAACAAUGAAAGUGGAGAUUACCUUUGUGAUGAACGUUUCUCCUGGAAUGGCUGGCACCGGCUUUUCUACUAUGGGAUGAACAUCCAGAUUUCAGAGACCUGUGUUAGUUCAUACAGCUGUAACACAAACAUCAAUCUGUGGCUCAAUGGUCCUCACCCUCAGAUAGAGGAUGGAGUGGUGAUCAGAGAGGUCUGUGGCAAUUAUUUUUGGGAUGAGUGCUGUUAUUACAAGACAAACCCCAUCAGAGUGAAAGCGUGCCCAGGAAAUUACUAUGUCUAUGAACUUUUCUGGUGUUCAGGAUACUGCACAGAUGUCAGCACCAUUUCAUGGCCAAUAUCCACAGUAAGUCCAGAUAUAAUUACUGGAUCCAGCAUGACCUCGAAUUAUGACCCGUGCAAUAACUACAACAUACUAGACAACCACUGGAGAAGCACACUCAAUUACGGGUAUUGGAAUGGCUAUGCAAAUCUACUUGAUGACACUCGUGUAGAAUGGGAUGGCUGGUAUCGGCUCUUCAUUGAUGGAUCAAGUGCUCAGAUGCCUGAGUGGUGUGCAUCAUUUAUGUCAUGUGGAGGUUUUAGUGGUCUGUGGCUUGGCGGCUCUCAUCCUCAACUAGAAGAUGGAGUUGUUACCCGUGAAAUUUACGGCUCUCGCUAUGAUCAGUGCAGUCGCUACAGAUCUGAACCAAUCCAAGUUAAAUCUUGUCCUGGAAAUUAUUAUGUCUACAAAUUUACCAGACCAACUCUUUCAAUCCCAGCUCCUGUAUAUUGUGCAGUAUUGUUAACCACUCCAAGUGUGGACCCCUGCUACAACUACACCAGUCUGGAUGAGCCUUGGAGAGCCACUGAUUACUCUAUGUAUACCAACAAUUACUACCAUGACAUGUGUGAUAAUGGGGAGUGGAAUGGCUGGUACAGGCUAUUCUACAAUGGUCAAAAUACUCAGAUGCCAGAAUUAUGUGUCAAUCAAGGCAUGUGUGGCACUGAAUCCCCACUGUCACUCAGUGGCCCUCAUCCACAGCUGGAAGAUGGAGUUGUCACCCGUCAGGUCUGUCUCCCAUGGGGUGACUGCUGUACUUACACAUCCCACCCUAUAAGAGUCAAAGCCUGUCCCGGAAAUUACUAUGUUUACGAGUUUGUCAAGCCAAUGGUUUGUGGAGCUUACUGUGUAGUACCAGAAGCCUCAAGCCAGUCCAUCCAAUUAGUUUCUACAACAACAGAGCGAAUUCCACCCAUAGAAUCCAUUACUCCACCAAUCACAACCACUGCUCCCCCUGUUGACCCCUGCUACAACUACAAUGUCCUGGAUGAUCUAUGGAGAGCCACCAACAAUCAACAUUCCUCUCAAAUAAUGUGUGACUCUUGGGUCAGCUGGAAUGGCUGGUACCGUCUCUUCAUUCAGGGUCAGAGCGUUCAGAUGCCAGACACAUGUGUUGAUGAGUAUAGUUGUGGCACUCAUGCUCCACUGUGGCUGAACGGAGGACAUCCAACAGUUGAGGAUGGAGUGGUCACUCGAGAUGUCUGUGGUCACUGGGACAAUAACUGCUGCCAUUUCCAAUCCAAUCCCAUUAAAGUCAAAGCCUGUCCUGGAGGGUAUUAUGUCUAGUUUGUGGAGUUUGUGAGUCCAACUAUCUGCUAUUUGGCAUACUGUGCAGAUGCAAGAAACAUAAACACUACCUCUACUACUGUAAUGCCAGAGACAACCACAACCACAGAAACUACAACUGAAACUACAAUGCCUGCUCCCUCUGUUGACCCCUGCUACAACUACAAUGUCCUGGAUGAUCUAUGGAGAUCCACCAACAAUCAACAUUCCUCUCAAAUAAUGUGUGACACUUGGGUCAGCUGGAACGGCUGGUACCGUCUCUUCAUUCAGGGUCAGAGCGUUCUGAUGCCAGACACAUGUGUUGAUAAGUUGAGUUGUGGCACUCAUGCUCCACUGUGGCUGAAGAGAGGACAUCCAACAGUUGAGGAUGGAGUGGUCACUCGAGAUGCCAACGGCACCCACUUCAUCUACAGUAACUGUAUUCUGGGGACACCGAGUUCAGAAGGUCUCAUCAGCAGAGAGAAAAUCCUUAAGCUUCCUUUCAGCUGUGUUUAUCCUCAAACUCAAACACUUUCCAUGAAUGUGGAAAUCAACCCACUGGAGAGUGUUGUGCACAGGACUCUUCCCGCUGGUGAAGGCAGAUAUCAGGUUCGGAUGAUUCCAUAUGAGGAUGAUGAGUUUACCCGGCCCUUCACUGGUAAAGUGGAUGCAGAGCUCGACCAGAAGAUGAAUGUGGAAGUUCGUGUCGAGGGGGUUGACAGCCGUCAGUUUGCCCUGGUGUUGGAGACGUGUUGGGCUACACCUGUGAAUGAUCCUGAUUACAGUCUCCGCUGGGAUCUCAUCGUUACAGAGUGUCCCAAUCCAAAUGACGACACAGUGGAGCUGCUGCAGAACGGCGUCUCGACAUCCAGCCGUUUCUCCUUCAGGAUGUUUAUCUUCACUGCAAACUCCACUAAGUUUUACCUGCACUCUGCUGUUCACCUGUGCCUUCUGUCAAGCAAUCGCUGCUCAAUGGACUGUAACUCUGGACACCACUGGAGAGAGCACAGGUCUCUGGACUUCCAUGACAGUGCUUCCAUAUCCAUGGGUCCUCUGAUGUUGUCUGAUAGGAACACAGAUAAGUGGAUGCCAGAGAAAGUGAAGGCAUCUGAGGCUUCUUGUCUGUGUGGUUCUCUGAUGCUGUUGCUUGUUCCUCUGUUGAGUGUCCUGACCCUCUUUUAUGAAUGCCAGUGGAGAGAUGGUACAACCUGCCAUUAUGCCAACCUCCAGCUGCUGCCAAGUGGUGGUACUAUCCUGUAUGGUAAUACAGACCUGAAGAUCCUGAAAGUAGGAUUUGAUCAACUUUGUUAUCUGUUCUGGAACAUGGAAGAAGUCGAAUGCUGCCCACAGCAGCUUAUGCGGCACUGUCCCAAAGGCAUUGAAAAGAUUUAA